UUGCAGUGUAAUAAUAAUUACACCACUGCUUGAGUAUGGGGAUGGGGGGGGGGGUGUUGCAUAUAAACCAAAAGAAGACUCCCCCCAUUCACUAGAAUUCUGUUGUGUUAUGUCUCAUGUUAAAUCAUCUUUAUUUUUGUUUAGAUCUAUCUAAAUCCUCUCCUGCUGAGUCUCCACUAAACAGUCAGACAUUGCGUUGGGCACCAUGUGUUGGUCAGCGAUUCUCUCAUUGCCCAGAGGAAUCAGGAGUCUCACAAUGAAAUACAACAGGGAGCAGGACUUGCAUUACUUGUAUUUACUUAAUAGUUUCAAUACAAUGAUGGGCAUCUUCUCAGGAGUGUGGCUUAUUGGUAUCUUCAUACAGAUGUGGCCCGGAGCCCAAGCUGUGCCCUGCAGAAUGUCACGGAGACAGUUCCCAACUCCAUAUACCAUCUCCACCCUACACUGGAUCAAGGGGGAGCCAGAAGCAUCACGUGGAAGGGCUCACCAGGCAAAUACUGAAAGGAGGAUUCAGUUCUCCAUUACAAUGAAAGGGAAAAAUCACAUUCUCACACUUCAUAAGGCACAUGAUUUGCUGGCAGGAAAUUUUUCAGCAUCCCAUUAUGAAGCAGAUGGACGACUAGUGACAGAGUCACUGGGGCCCCUGGAGCAAUGCUGCUAUACGGGCUCCGUGGAAGGAAUCCCAGACUCCCUGGUCUCCCUGUGUACCUGUCCCACUGUCAGUGGGUACAUCACCAUGAGAGACGGAAUUUACAGCUUUGAUGCCCUGAGACCAGCUGAGACUGCCGGACACACACCCAUAAAGCUGCACUAUCACCCUAAAAAGUCAUUUAUGGGUGCGACACCCAGGCGCCCCUUCCGUUCCCUCCAGGAUUCCGGCUCAGAGAAGGGCGGCAGAGAGACGUACAAGAUUGAGCUCUUUUUGGUGGCAGAUAAAGAAGAGUUCCACAGGCAUGAAGAGAAGGUGGAGACAACGAGGCAGCAUCUCAUAGCUGUAGCCCACCAUCUCAAUCAGAUCUUUUUGGAAAUAAACUUCCAGAUCUUUCUCGUGGGGAUUGAGAUUUGGACUCAAGAGAAUAAAGUGAAUAUUUCUGACACGGCGUCGUUAUCUCUCCGGCAUUUCUUGGAGUGGCGGGAGCAGGUUCUUCUGCCCCGGAUGCACCACGACAACAUUCAGCUUAUAAGCGGGGUUCGCUUCAAGGACCACACCAUCGGGGAAGCCUUUGUGGCCAAAAUGUGCACAGCGUCCCAUAGUGGUGGGGUCAUCCGGGACACAGGGCUCAGCUCCAAAGAGUUGGCCAAGCACGUUGCACACGAGAUAGGACACAAUCUGGGCAUGAGUCACGAUACGGAAAAUUGCUAUUGUCCAGAGGGCGCGGGGAUGUGCCUCCUUUCAAAUCGGAGUUGGUCCCAUAUUCAUCCAGUGUUUAGCGAAUGCAGCCACCACUUCCUCGAUCGGUUCCUCGAGGAGAAGGACAUCACCUGCUUAAAGGACCGGCCCCACACAUACAUCGAGGAAUCUCCCCCGGGGGCUGAUCAGCACAUGAUUCUUGAAACUGUUGGAAAAGUCUCCAUUUUCCUUUGUUCUCUGAUUGUCCUGCCAUCCUUCCUGAUCAUCUGGAGAAGAGUGUCCUGCAAAAAACCACAGGCUGUGUAAGUGGGGAGACAGUGAAGAUGCGGGAAGAGUUGUUUUUCCUCCCACGUGCAGUCAUGGGAAGGAUAACUGGGUGCCAUGACCCCUGAUGGUGCUGAUCAAAAAUGAUGAAGGUGGAAUGGGAUGGAUCACAGCAAAGCAGUUAAUAUGUCUGAUGGGAAGUCCAAAACUGGUUGUUUCCAAGGACCAUCCUAGGGGAUGGAGAAUCAUGGAGAAGGAGAGAAGUCUGCCGCACCCCCAGGAUUUUGGGGACAUCGUUUGCACUAGAAAGAUGCCCUGUAGUUUUCUGCUUCUGACUGUUCCACUUCACUGACCAUCCAUGAGACUUUUAGCUUGUAACCCAGACGUUAUUAUUGGUACAGGUCUCGGCUGGAGCCUCAUCUGCUGGAAUCCAAGUACACUGGAGCGGAACACUAUAUAUCAAUUAUCAGCAUAUAUGAAAUGAUGAAAAAGGGGACACUUUCUAAAACUAGAGGAGAGAAGAUUUCACCAUAAGCAUAGGAAGGGUUUCUUUAAAGGUAGCUAGUUUAAUCAUGAGAGAUGUAAAGAUUGAUUCAUUGGGUGAGUUCAAACAUGUGGCAUAUAUUGACCCGAGGACUGGUUGCAAUGCAUAAUGAAUAUCAUUUCUAGUCCCAUUUAUAUUCCUCAGUGCCACUAUAGUACGUCUCCUGGGGUCAUGUUAUGACUUGCUCCUGGCUGCCCAGAAUAAGCCGUGCUGUGACUACUCCAUUUAAACUGAAAUGCCAUUUUGUGGGACCUAAUGAUGUCCCUGUCAUACCCUAUCCAUAUCUAACCUCUGUUUCUCAGUUCUGUAGGCAAUCCUAGCCCAAUGAGCUGACUUUCAAAAUCCCCUACUGAUAAAGGAGUAGAGCUGGGGUUGCCAUAGGGCCCCCACAGGCUCUGUAAAAAAAAAAAAAAAAAAGCACUUAAAUUAUGAUGACUGUUUUUAAACCAAUAAUCCUAUGAAUGAUUAAUAGUAAUGCAAAUGCACUAAGGAGAUUUUUGGGCCAUAGAGGCUUGUCCUAAUAAGAGAAUUGUUCAUCCAAAUAAAAGUGUCAUCACUGAUGUGCCUGAGUGUUUUUAUUUACCCUUUAACUGCUUUACUGACAGUUCUUCUGUCUGCCAAUAGGUGGCGCCAACCAAUGUUCAAAUAUUUGUCACGGUUAAAAACAAAAAGCAUUACUGUUAUUAUCUGAUGUAAAACAAAUGGCUAAAUAAAGGCAUUUGCAGGUGAUGAAAAAGCCUGAGACAUUUGGGGGGAGUCUCUUGUACCCUCUGCACCCUCUCCUCCUUUGUAAUCUGGGACACGCAAGCAAGACUAAUGCAGAAAUGAAUUCUCCUUCCCCUC